AUGAGACGGUGGAUAAGUUGUGCGCUUCUACUUUACCCGAAUAUAUGCAACAUCCAUGCAGGAUUUGUAUACUAUGAUUUCAAUGAAACAACAGGCUUGGUACUAAAUGGAAAUGCAGCCACGAGUAGUUGUGCACCAUUGCCAGCGACGGCAUACUCAAGAUUCGCUGGUGCGGCUGAUUUGCGUGAAGCCUCAUUAGAAGUCAUAGUAAGCGAGCAGCCCAACACGGUUCGUCUUGAGACUUGUGACACAGACAAUCACAUGACUAGCAAGCGAAUUGCGGUGGAAAGUGCCAUGUUGGGUCACCGUGAUGUAUUUAAAGCAAGCAAUGAAAAGACUCAAUGCCUUAGGCGUCUCCGUCUUACAGCUUCACAGCCAAACCAGAUUUCAUCGGUGUGGUAUGCUCAGAGGCUUCCAAUAUUGCAAGGAUUUGAAACGAGAUUUACGUUUCAAAUAACCGACCAGUCUCGACGUUGCUUUGAAGUGAAGGAUCAAAAUUUUGGUCUUCACGAGUAUCGAAGUUGUGCAGUACAUGGAGGUGACGGCUUAGCAUUUGUGCUUCACUCACAUAAAAAUGGCACAGCGACUCUUGCAGAAAUGGGCUCGAAUAUGGGGUUUUCUGGUCUUGAAAAUUCUCUGGCUAUUAAGUUUGAUACGUGGUUUAACGAUGACAACGUCGGAGAAGACGUGUUUUAUGAUCAUGUAGCUAUUUACUCCCGCGGUCAGAGCAGCAAUGUAGAGUUAGAAAGUGCUCGAAUCUCGGCAGCUGCUGUGCAUGAUCUCGCUGAUGGCAAGAUGCAUGUCGUAAAAAUUCGAUAUUAUUCAGAGCUAAAGCCUUCUUUUCUGCGACUACAAACUUGGUCAAGAAUCGAAAAGGAUAUACCUAUAUUAGCUAUUCCAAUCAAUCUGGCAGCUACUUUGAGAUUAGAUUCCGAUGAAGCAUCGAUUGGUUUUACGGCGUCAACGAGUAACUCGUGGCAGAAGCAUGAUGUGCUUGGCUGGUAUUACUGUACAGAGCCACCUUGCUUGGACGAGUACGAUACAAAGAUGACCUUUGAUUUUGACUACAACGAACAGUCAAUGCUUUCUACAGCUUCGUAUGGCAACAUGCUGUACCCGAUCUAUAUCUUUCCCGACACACAGCCGUGGGCUAAAUAA